GAAUGUAAUGAACCGCAGUGUAAGAGGGUGAUACUGAAUGUGUAAUGUAAUGUAACCGUCGUGCAAGAGAUUGGUUCGCGGAGUUUGAAAACUGAUAAUUAAUAGAUUGGUCUAUUUUGAUACAAUUUUAACAGAUUUAACACAUAUUGUGUAUUUUUCAUUAAACAUGGAUAGGUUUAAUGAUAACAAUUAACAUUGCAGACAAAGCAUCAAUAUCGCCAAUAUUCGUUUAUAUUCACGCUUUUUGUUCGUUUCCGCGGAUAUGAGUCACUGGUGAACGAGUACAUACACGUAUGUUCGAUAGCAGCACUAGCCGAACGUUCUAUUUAUUUCGUGUAUUCUAACGCUUAAAUAGAUUUCUUUGUCACAUACUUACUGUACAGACGCUUGUAUUCUCGUAGUUGACGGCAGUAAUACGUUAAAAGGCGAGUAUUAUAGUUAAACAAUUUGAUUGUUAACAAAUUAUAUUAGUAACUUUAAACUGUGUUUUUCUAAAUUAAGCAAGUGCGACAGAAAGUUGCUUCAAAUGUUGGAUUGGAACUCGUUGUGCAAUUGAUAAUAUAUUGGAAUAUAUCAUCUUAUUUCAUAAAAGGACUCAGAAUAAUUGUGAAUAAACACAUUUUAUGAUGCCGGUUCGCAAUACCUGUUAAAAUGGCAACUUCAGUAGAUUCAGUUAAUACAAGUUCAGAUUUUGUGAAAGAUUAUUCUUGUGAGCCUUGCGAAAGUAAAAAUGAUGAAACAAGUGCCGAAUAUUUUUGUAAAACAUGUUUAAAGUUUUUUUGCGAAAAAUGUCUGUUCCAUCAUGAUCAAAUAUAUGUAAACCAUUUGACUUAUGGAAGAGGAGAAACAAAUAAAUGGCCUCUAACAAAGAAAAUGGAGGAUUUGCUACUGAAAUGCAAUAUUCAUAACAAUAAGAAACUGAAAAUGUUCUGCCAGGACCACAGUCAGCUUUGCUGUUCUGAUUGUGUUUUACUGAAUCACAGACAGUGCACCAAUUUGGCUCUUAUUUCUGAAUCUGUGAAAAAGCUGUCACAGGAUAUGCAGCAGUUGUCAAACAAAAUUCAAACAAUUAUUAGUGAACUUAAUGAGUUUAAGAGCAUGCAAGAAUCCAGCAUUCAGUCCGUAGAGGGAUCAUAUAGUGAAAAACUACAAGAAAUCAGAGAGCUGCGUCAGCAAUUUAAUGCUGCUUUGGACAAGCUAGAACAUGCAACAUUGAAAGAACUGGAUGAAACUAAGAUUGCAUUGCAAACCUCUCUCAAGAAAGAUGUUGACAACUGCAGCAGAUUGAAGGAUGAACUGCAACAGCUAGGUGAAGCUGCUGUACAGGUCCUUCACGAUAAGAGUACGAAGGAACUGGAGUUUAUAGCCCAAAGAAAAUGUAUUGACAAAGUACAAGAGUCGGAAUCAUAUCUGAAGGAGAAUAAUAUGAAGGUGCAGAGUUCAAUAAUAUUCAAGGCAAACAUUAACAUUGAGCAGUACCUGUCUAAACAGUCUAGUCUAGGGAAGAUUAUAGAUAGUAUGCAAUCUCUCACACUGGAGAUGAAUACAGACCAGGUGUUGACUGUGAAGAGAAAGUCCCUGUAUAAUGUGAAAAUAUCACAAGACAAAAUUAAAAAUUGCGUCAAAGGCAUGUGUAGCCUGCCAGGUGGUCAGGUCAUUGUUGCAGAUCGUAAUAAUAAGAGAGUGAAGAUGUUGGACCAGCAUUACAAUGUGUCCAGUCACUGUGAUUUGUCAAGUUCUCCAAUUGACAUUUGCCAAAUCACAUCUAGUGAGGUGGCAGUGACUCUUGGCGGUUCAGAUGUGCAGUUUAUUUCUGUGAGCAAUGGGCAGCUGGUGAAUGGGAGGAGGCUAAGGUUACCGCAUAACGCUGUUGGCAUUGCCCACCAUCAGGGAUUAUUAUAUAUCACCUCUCACAAUGCUCUUUACCACUACACACUGACUGGAGCACUUGUGAAAAAGCUUUAUGAGGAUACAAGAGAUCGAAAUACAGUAUUCAAAUGUGCAGUUAGUCCUGCUGGUGACAAGAUUUAUGCCACCAACCACGACCAGCACAAGCUCAUCACUCUGGCUACAGAUGGCACCCUGAUAUCCACUUUCACGGACCCUGAACUACAAAACCCGGAGUGUGUACAUAUCACACCUUCGGGACAAGUUAUUGUAUGUGCAUUCAAAUCCAACACUGUCAUACAGGUGGAUCAUCAGGGGAAAAAGAAACUGGCCACUCUGGCUUCACAGAAAGAUGGACUAUGUGAACCAGUGUCUGUCUGCUACAACAUCAACACUGACCAGAUCAUUGUGGAAGUCGAUGAUAGCAUCAUGGUUAUGGAUUUGCAAUAGCUCAUCUAGUAACAAAAAACACUGUAAACAAACUGGAAAAAUGUUAAUUCCACAUAUUUGUGAAUGUUACAUUUAGUCCAAGCAGUUUAUAUCUACAUCAGGAAAACAUAUACAUACAUUUUAUUAGUCCCUUACCGGUGAAACCGGAGAGGGAAUUAUGGUUUGCGCUAUGUGUGUCUGUCAGUCUGUCACACUUUUCUGGAUCCUGCGAUAAUUUAAAAAGUUCUUCAUAUGUUUUCAUGAAACUUGCAACAUGGACAGAUUGCAAUAUGGAGAUUAUGCACGUCGUUUCAUGUUGUUCCUACGUCAAGAAUUCUGGUUGCUAUGUCAACAAAUAGACUAGAAAUAUUGCUGAAAAUGGUGGAUCCUGCGAUAACUUUAAAAGUUCUUCAUAUGUUUUCAUGAAACUUGCAACAUGGGCAGAUGACAAUAUGGAGAUUAUUAACGUCAUUGCAUUUUGUUCAUACGUCAAGAAUUAUGGUUGCUAUGGCAACAAAUAGACUAGAAAUAUUGCUGAAAAUGGUGGAUCCUGCGAUAACUUUAAAAGUUGUUCAUAUUUGUUCAUGAAACUUGAAACAUGGAUAAAUGGCAAUAUGGAGAGGUAGGGGACUUGUAUUGCUUGGCAAUAGUCUUGUUAUUUCUGAUUAUACAAAAUUUAUGUUGGCAAAGUUGUGUGGUAAUGCUCUAAAGAUAGUACCAUUUGAAACUAGCAUGUACAUGUAUGACAAUUGUGAUGUCAGAUUGAAUGGAGACUGUCUGGAAAAAGUUCUUAAAUAUUUUUGGAUUAUUUUCAAAAAUUUAUUACAUUUAUGGCGUCUGCUUUGAUCUGUGGACGAAAGAAACAGACCCAUUCAGGACUUAAAAAUGGUGCCAUAUCUGAGUAUGUAAAAUGUUUUCUUAAGAGCUACAUUUCAGUAACUAGCACGGGCUCAAAUGUAAUCGCAAGGUAGAUAAUAAUAUUUCUGCUAGGGAUGGGAAAUAACAUUUAAAUAUUCAACAACUAUUCAACUAAAAACUAUUAAAAAAGCAGAGUUUAUAUUCGGAUUCGAAAACUUUAUUUUAAUAUAGAAUUAAAUUACUCAAAUAUUAACCAUUUAAAUUGUUUGUGAUAAGUUUAAAUUUAUUGAGACUCGAAGACGUUCAUUUCAAAUUCGUUUUAUGUUUUAUAUACAUCUUAAAUAAAAAUUCUCACUACUAUUAAGUUAAAGCAAUUCACAAUGACACCCUCUCCUGUCUGGAAGUAUUUCGCACCUUCAAGUUAUAAGGUGAAGGCAACAUGCGAUUUAGUUUAGUAUUGAAAUAAAUGAGAACAACGGUAAAAUGUUUUCUGGAAAUAUCUUAUACUGUAUCAACAUUUAAAUGCAUUAGGUGACGUACUAAAUAUGCAUCAUUUAAAAAGGCUACAGAGUAAUCAGUUUUUAAACGAUACUUGCUUAUCAUGAUCGCCAUAUGAUAUUAUAAGGGCAUUGGUUACAACCAGGAUAUGUACUUUCUUCAAGACAGUUGUAAAGUCGGAAAUUUGACUUGCAGAUUUAACAAGAGGGUCACGGUAGCCGUAGUCGCUCACCUGGUAUUUACAUUUAGCAGGUUGUUCACGUUCAGGACUGUUCAUGUUGUUUGCUAAAAGAAAGGGAUUUUUGUUUCGGUAGAUGCAUAAAUAUGUGUCUCAGUUUUUUUUAAGUUUGCCUUUAUGUGUUUUGCAAUAGCCAUUUGUCACUCGUUUCAACAAAGCUAAAAGUUGGAUGAAAGUAAUAUGAGACAGUAAUUUAAUAAUGGGCAGAACAACAAAAGAAAAUGGAAAACAAAUUAUCCACAAAUUGUAGUGCUGCUUUUAGAUCAUGUGAUAAGCAUCUCAUGCAGCCUCUUAAAAUGGUAUAGGGUUUGGGUACAUAUUGAGCAAGAUUAGCUCUAGAUACCGAAAAUACCGGAAUUUUCAAUAGAUGGAGUGUUUUGAACAGUUUUUGCAUAAUUGAAUACAAUGGGAGGCAUUGUUUCAUAUGCCAAAGUUGAUUAUAAAGAAGUAAAUGAUUAUGAGAAAAUCUACUACAAAAUCAAUAUUGAUCUUAUUUGAAGGUACCAAACAUCUAGCUUUUGAGUUGUCUCGUAGUUAAAAGUACGUGCAAAUAUGUAAACAUAAAAAAGUAAACACACACACGUAAUUGAAAAAUUAUUAAUUUGUAAACAAAUGUCAUGCUCUUUGUAACGAUAUUGUACACAAAAAUCUGUAGCAAGCAGAUGUUAUGUUUCGCUAAAAUAACUGCCAAAACAACUUUGCUUUUCAACAAAACAGUGUUUUUUUCGGCUUCUUCAAUAAAUGUAUUAUAAAUUGUUAUUUGUUAUUACCAAAUUUUUCACAUUUUGGACAAAUUGUUUUAAAUAACCGGCAUUAUUUUCAGACUCACCUUGCAAUCAUAUUUCCAAUUGAAACAGCAAUAAACCAGUUAAAAACA